UUUUACAUUAAGAAAGUGAAUGGUAUUGUAUAUCGUACCUAUGUUAGCCACAUGUUAUCAUUGUUAUCAAGUGCGGCUAACUUCACAGUUUAUAAAACGCCGGCCGCUCCUGUCAGACACAGUUGUCGUAUCACAUAUGGCCGCAAAGAACCAAGACAAAUUAACCAUGGUACGAUUAGUAGAGGAGCAGUCGACCCCUUUCAAGAAGGAGACCGUUCGUCGGUUCACGUGGCAUUCUGCGUCCGGCGUCUCUGUCACUGUCAUCUCGUAUGGAGCCAUCAUACAGUCUGUCAAAGUACCAGACAAGAAUGGUGAGAUCGCCGACAUAGCCCUCGGAUUCGAUGACGUGGACAGCUACGUACAGCGCAACGUGCCAUACUUCGGGGCCACAGUCGGCCGUUGUGCCAACCGGAUAGGGCGCGCCCAGUUCGAAAUCGAUGGCGUGGAGUACAAACUGGCGAAGAAUAUAGGGGAGAAUCAUCUGCAUGGCGGGAUAGUGGGCUUUGACAAGGUGAACUGGCACACAACAGUCGACGGCAACAAAGUGAUCUUCAGCUAUCUCUCCGUCGACGGCGAGGAAGGUUACCCUGGAGACCUGGUGACCAGCGUCACAUACGAGCUGACAGAUGACGAUCGACUCCACGUGGACUUCCAAUCCAUGACUACCAAGAAGACCGUGGUGAACCUGACUAACCACUCUUACUUUAAUUUGGCUGGACAUGAUGGAGGGGCUCAAGAGUUGAUGAAUCAUGUCAUAGCUUUGUUUGCUGAUAAAAUCACAGAAACCGAUCAGAACUCCAUUCCGACCGGACGCUUGACCAACGUGGGUGGCACUCCAUUCGAUCUUCGCACCCCGAAGCGACUCGGCGAUAUCAUAUCUAACAACCCGAAGCUGUUUGACGACAACUUCUGCAUCACCUCGUUUGGGAAGGAGGACCUCCACUACAUUUCCCGCGUAGUCCACCCUCCCUCCGGCCGCUUCCUCGAAGUCUACAGCAACCAGCCCGGGGUCCAGCUCUACACAAGCUACUUCCUCCCAGCACCCACCGACGCUGCCCUCAUUGGCAAAGGUGGUGUCGGCUAUAGAAGACACGGAGCGUUCUGUUUGGAAACUCAAAAGUACCCAGACGCAGUGCAUCAUGAGAAGUUCCCUAGCACGAUUUUGAAGCCUGGGGAUGUUUAUUGUCAUAAAGUCGUUUAUGCUUUGGGAUCCGAAUGCGGAUCAGAGCCUACUGUGGUGUCUACUUAACUAUGUUUCAUUUAAGCCAAGAUUCCUUUGUAUGCGAUCGUUUAUAUUUAACCAAAUAUUGUUUAACACAAUACAGCGGUGUCAGCUAUAGAUGACACGGAGCGUUUUGUUUGGAAACUCAAAAGUAUGAUGCAGUGCAUCACGAGAAGUUCCCUAGCACGGUUUUGAAGCCUGGGGAUGUUUAUUGUCAUAAAGAGUCGUUUAUGCUUUUGGGUCAGAAUGCGGCUCCGAGCCCACAAUCGUGUCUACUUAAAUAUAAAAGUAAUCAUGAGUUAUUAUGAUGCCUUUGUAAACGAUACGUAUUUUUCAAACACCAUACAGCAGUGUCCACUAUAGAUGACAAGGAUCUGUUUGCGUGGAAACCCAGAAGUAUCUAGAUGCGGUGCACCAGGAUUAGUUCCCUAGCCCGGUUUUAAAGCCGGGAGAUGUUUUUGCGUUUGGAUCUGAAUACGGUUCUGAGCCUACAGUCGUGUCUUCUUAACUAUAAAAGUAUUCGAGAGUUAUUAAGAUGCCUUUGUAAACGAUACGUAUUUUUCUAACACUAUACAUCAGUGUCCGCUAUGGAUGACAAGGAUCUGUUUGAGUGGAAACUCAAAAGUAUCCAGAUGCAGUGCACCAUGAGAAGUAUCCUAGCCCGAUCUUAAAGUCUGGGGACGUACAAUAUUGUCAUAAAAUGGUUAAUGCGUUUGGAUCAUAACACGGCACCGAGCCUUUGGUCGUUUUUCUACUUAACUAUAAAAGCACCUAAUCAAGAUUUGGAAACUAUACGCUCGUUUGUAUUUCAUAAAAUUAUGUCUAA